AUACCAUAAAGAAAAAAGUAGUUGUGAUUUGGAGGGAAGAAUUAAGAAAAUUACUACACGACAAACUAAAUCAUAACCGAAUUUAAAAAAAAAUGUGGAAAUUAUAAGCAUGAGUGACAUGGUUAAUGGCAAAAUACACAUCUCCCAUUUGCUUAAUAACAUCAAGAAUACCUUACAGUAAAUCGCCACAAAUCCCCACCUUUUCUACGCUAUCAACACUCUCACAAAACCAACCAAAACUACCCACAAAGAUCGUAACUUUCUCCCAUAUUUACCAAGAAUGCUCCACUUACAGCUCUUUAAAUGCGGGCAAACAAGCCCACGCUCACAUGAUUCUAUCUGGGUUUAUCCCCAGUGCAUACGUUUCAAAUUGUUUGAUGAAAAUGUAUGUAAAAUGCUCCCAGUUGAGCUACGCGUACAAUGUGUUUGACAGAAUGCUUCAAAGAGAUGUGGUUUCUUAUAACACAAUGAUAUCUGGGUAUGUUGGUGUUGGAGAAAUGAAUCUUGCAAGAGGGUUUUUUGAUGACAUGCCUAUGAGAGAUGUGGUUUCGUGGAACUCGAUGAUUUCAGGGUUUUUGCAGAAUGGUGAAUGUGGGAAGUCGAUUGGUGUUUUCUUGGAGAUGGGAAGAUUGCGCGAAGUCAGGUUUGAUGAAACUACUUUUGCAAUUGUUUUGAAAGCUUGCUCUGUUGUGCAAGGUAGAUGUUUGGGAGUUCAGGUUCAUGGGCUUGUUGUUCGCAUGGGAUUUGUUAAUGAUGUUAUUACAGGAAGUGCGUUGUUAGAUAUGUAUGCUAAGUGUAAUAGUUUAGAUGAUUCACUUUGGGUUUUUGGUGAAAUUCCUGUUAAGAAUUGGGUCUGUUGGAGUGCCAUGAUUGCUGGUUGUGUCCAAAAUGAAGAGCAUAUUGAGGGUUUAGAGUUGUUUAAUGAGAUGCAAAAGGGUGGAAUUGGGGUCAGCCAAUCUAUCUAUGCUAGUGUUUUCAGGUCAUGCGCUGGGCUCUCUGCAAUGAAACUGGGUGCUCAAUUGCAUGGCCAUGCUUUAAAGCUUGCUUUUGGGUCAGAUAUUGUUGUAGGGACUGCCACUUUGGAUAUGUAUGCAAAAUGUGGAAGUAUGGAAGACGCUCAAAGGGUAUUUAACUCGUUGCCAAAACAUAGUUUGCAAUGUUAUAAUGCCAUGAUUGUCGGUUGUGUUCGAAAUGAGCAAGGCUUUAAUGCUUUGCAAUUAUUUUGGAUUUUGCUGAAUUCUGGCCUUGGCUUUAAUGAAAUUAGUCUAUCUGGGGCAAUUAGUGCUUGUGCAUCCAUCAAAGGGAAUUUGGAAGGCCGUCAACUACAUUCUUUAGCGGUUAAAAGUACUCUCACGUCAAAUAUUUGUGUUGCAAAUGCCAUUCUCGACAUGUAUGGAAAAUGUGGAGCUUUGGUCGAAGCUGACUGUAUGUUUGAUGAGAUGGAGAGAAGGGAUGCCGUGUCUUGGAAUGCUAUCAUUGCAGCGCAUGAGCAGAAUGGCAAUGAGGAAGAGACACUUGCCUUUUUUGCAUCAAUGCUUCGCUCAAGAAUAGAACCUGACGAAUUUACUUAUGGUAGUGUCUUAAAAGCGUGUUCUAGUGGGCAAACUUUGAACUGUGGCAUGGAGAUCCACAACAGAAUUAUCAAAUCUGGAAUGGGGAUGGAUUCUUUUGUAGGAGGUGCUCUUAUUGAUAUGUACAGCAAGUGCGGAAUGAUAGAAGAGGCAAAGAAAAUCCAUGACAGAAUAGAACAACAAACAAUGGUUUCAUGGAACGCAAUUAUUUCCGGAUUCUCUCUGCUAAAACAAAGUGAGGAUGCUCACAGCUUCUUCUCUGAGAUGUUGGAAAUGGGUAUAAAGCCAGAUAACUUCACCUACGCAAUAGUUCUCGAUACCUGUGCCAAUUUGGCCACUGUUGGACUUGGGAAGCAAAUACAUGGUCAAAUCAUCAAGCAACAAUUACAUUCAGAUGUGUAUAUAACCAGUACUCUCGUCGACAUGUACUCGAAAUGCGGAAACAUGCAGGAUUCGAGAUUAGUAUUUGACAAAGCUUCUAAUAAAGAUUUCGUGACAUGGAAUGCUAUGAUUUGUGGCUAUGCUCAACAUGGACUCGGAGAAGAGGCAAUAAAAACUUUUGAGAAUAUGCAACUUGAGAAUGUUAAGCCGAAUCAUGCAACUUUCAUUUCAGUCCUUAGAGUAUGUGCACAUAUGGGACUCGUAGAAAAAGGGUUGCAUUACUUAGACACUAUGGUAACCGAGUAUGGUUUAGAACCUCAAUUAGAGCAUUAUUCAUGCAUAGUCGAUAUAAUAGGGAGAUCAGGUCGAGUAAGCGAGGCUUUAAAGGUUAUUAAGGAUAUGCCUUUUGAAGCUGAUGCUAUUAUUUGGAGGACUCUUCUUAGCAUUUGCAAGAUACAUGGGAAUGUAGAAAUUGCAGAAACGGCUACAGAUGCUAUUUUGCAAUUGGAACCGCAUGACUCUUCUGCUUGGAUCCUUUUAUCAAAUGUUUAUGCUGAUGCAGGAAUGUGGGGAAAGGUUUCGGAAAUGAGAAAGAUGAUGAAGUAUAAGAAGCUGAAGAAGGAGCCAGGCUGCAGCUGGAUUGAGGUCAAAGAUGAGAUGCAUGCGUUUCUUGUUGGCAAUAAAACUCAUCCAAAAUGUGAAGAAAUUUAUGAAAUUAUUGGCUUGCUAAUUGAUGAGAUGAAGUGGGUUGGAUACAAACCUGAGACUAAUUUUUUCAUUGAUGAGGAGUCUGAAGAAUAUGAUCAGCUAGUAGCUAACUAUUAAUGUCAGAAAUUCCGACCGGCCUCUACAUGUACAUCAGAAAUUCAAUUUGUAGUAUUUAUUUAAAAUUGCUAGAAUUAAAAAUCGAUGCUGUAAUUUUAAAAUAUUACUUCGUACGGAAAACCUGUUUAAAUUUUAAUCUAUAAAUUUCGAGUAUUGACCGAC